UUACAAAAUAAACGGUCGGCGCUCAUGACAACCUCGAAAUUUCCCCGUCAGAGCGGUGCUUACAGGAACAGGCAGUGUUGUGAUGCUGCACGUGAGGUUUUAAAUUAAAUGAUCAGCUGCAUUCACGAGACAAGGUCGGUGGGAGGGGGAAGGAUUGUCUUUUUUAUUUUCUAGUCUGCAACAUAACACCAGCCACAAAACUGGGCAAGCUUACAAACAGGAAGAAAUCACUGCUGUCAUAUCGGCACCGACGACGGUUGGUGGUGAGUGUCUCAUCCCUGUCAGACAGAGCUAAUGUUAGCUAAUCUGGUUAAUCCAUUCAUACACAAAAUAAAUAAAUAAACCGUAAAUUAAACAGCCGUGACGUUUAUCCUGUUUGAAUACCAGGAUGUUGAAUGCAUCAGUUCCCACGUAUAUACGGCUUUGUAAAGUGUAAAAUUAUAUUAAGCUCUUCACAUUAUUGAAAACUGAAAUGUGUGUUUAAUUUGUUGUCCCGGCUAACUGAGGUGAGGGGAAGGUUCAGGUUCUGACCAAUCAUGGCGAUUUAAAGAAAAACCCCGCCCUUCUCGCUAGCAUGGAUAAAUGUAUCGAGCGCACUUCCUGACUCUGACCAGACAAAAAGGUGGAUCUUAAGGUCGUUUUGUCUUACGUCAAACUAUAAACGAACAUCCGCUGUAAACGUGUGGGUUUUCGCGGAAGAAACGACUUAAUGUGUGUUUCAUGUGUCCCUCUUCAUUCUUGCGGUAUCAUAUUUCAACAACAUGAGUCGUGUUGUUGUUUUUAACCAGGACAGUUAAAGCUCCACCUUAAGAAACCGAUGUUAGCGUUCAUGCAGGGGUUUUUUUGCAUUGACGUCAACCGCAUUCAGCACAAAACAGAGGCUUUCUUCAUAUUUAGUAUGUUUGAGGCAGAAUAUGAAACGAUAGCCGGACACCGGUAUCAAUUUUAAACCGACGUGACUGCGACAGCUGCUGAUAUAUCUGCCAUCAUACAGAGGAAGACACUGUGUGCAACGAUAACCGCAACACAACCACCGAUUACAGCACUACAAGAUUGUGCAUGUCUGUCCAGGAGCCACAGAGCCUUUUUUGGAUACCAGCCAAGUUGCCCAGAGCGCGGCACAGGCAAGAGCCCGCGACCGCCACAUCAGGCACCAUGAUGGAGGGGGGCAUGCAGCUGCUCAACCGUGACGGCCACAGCAUCUCGCACAACUCAAAGCGCCACUACCACGACUCUUUCGUGUCCAUGAACAGGAUGCGACAGCGCGGCCUGCUGUGUGACAUCGUGCUCCAUGUCUCCAACAAAGAAAUCAAGGCGCACAAAGUGGUGUUGGCAUCUUGCAGCCCCUAUUUCCACGCUAUGUUUACCAAUGAGAUGUCGGAGAGUCGGCAGACCCAUGUGACCCUACAUGACAUCGACCCCCAGGCUUUGGAGCAGCUGGUCCAGUACGCCUACACAGCAGAGAUUGUGGUCGGAGAGGGCAACGUGCAGACGUUGCUUCCAGCAGCGAGCCUGCUGCAGCUCAACGGGGUGCGGGACGCCUGCUGUAAGUUCCUCCUCAGCCAGCUGGACCCCUCCAACUGCCUGGGCAUCCGAGGCUUUGCUGACACGCACUCCUGCAGCGACCUGCUCAAGUCAGCGCACAAGUAUGUCCUGCAGCACUUUGUGGAGGUGUCCAAGACAGAGGAGUUCAUGCUGCUGCCACUGAAACAGGUCCUGGACUUGAUCUCCAGUGACAAUCUCAAUGUGCCAUCUGAAGAGGAAGUGUACCGAGCCGUGUUGAGCUGGGUGAAACAUGAUAUAGAUGGACGCAGGCAACAUGUGCCUUGGUUGAUGAAGUGUGUGCGGCUGCCGCUGCUGAGGCGAGACUUCCUGAUGAGCAACGUGGAUACAGAGCUGCUGGUGCGUCACCACUCGGAAUGCAAGGACCUGCUGAUCGAGGCCCUCAAGUACCACCUGAUGCCUGAGCAGAGGGGAGUCCUCAGCAACAGCAGAACGCGCCCACGACGCUGUGAGGGCGCCAGCCCUGUGCUCUUCGCCGUUGGUCAGUGUGUCCCUGAAGGUGGUGGCAGCCUGUUUGCCAUCCAUGGAGACUGCGAGGCAUAUGACACCAGGACAGACCGCUGGCACAUGGUGGCAUCCAUGUCCACUCGGCGGGCGCGGGUGGGCGUGGCAGCCAUUGGGAACAGACUCUAUGCUGUUGGAGGGUAUGAUGGAACCUCAGACCUUGCAACUGUGGAGUCGUAUGACCCCAUCACUAACUCAUGGCAACCUGAGGUUUCCAUGGGAACACGGAGGAGCUGUUUGGGUGUAGCGGUCCUGCAUGGCCUGCUGUAUGCUGCUGGAGGUUAUGAUGGAGCUUCUUGCCUCAACAGUGCAGAGCGUUAUGACCCUCUGACCAGUACAUGGACCUCAAUUGCUGCCAUGAGCACCCGAAGGAGAUAUGUCCGAGUAGCAACUCUGGACGGCAGCUUGUAUGCAGUGGGAGGUUACGACAGCUCCUCACAUCUCGCAACAGUGGAGAAAUAUGAGCCCCAGAGUAACACAUGGACAGCCAUCGCCAACAUGCUGAGUCGGCGCAGCAGCGCCGGGGUGGCCGUGCUGGACGGUAUGCUGUAUGUCGCAGGAGGAAAUGACGGCACCAGCUGCUUGAACUCUGUGGAACGGUUCAGCCCCAAGACCAACACCUGGGAGGGAGUGGCCCCAAUGAACAUACGCAGGAGCACCCAUGACCUGGUGGCUAUGGAUGGCUGGUUAUACGCAGUGGGAGGUAACGAUGGCAGCUCCAGUCUCAACUCCAUCGAGAAGUACAACCCGCGCAGCAACAAAUGGGUCGCGGCCUCCUGCAUGUUCACGCGGCGCAGCAGCGUGGGCGUGGCUGUGCUGGAGCUGCUGAACUUCCCGCCGCCCUCCUCGCCCACCCUCUCGGUUUCCUCCACCAGCCUUUGACACGGGGUCACUGCUUGGCUGACCUCAGCCUCUGCUGCUACAUCCCAGACUGGCUCUGGGAAGAGACGCAAUUGCUCUGUUUGAGAGGGAGAGGAGGAAGAGAGAGAGACGGGAACGGACAAGAUACAUGAAUGGAGGGGAGAGAGGAGACAGAGGGAAGGUGUGAUUGAGGCUUGGUGAAUAUACAGCACCCUCCAGAAUCAGUGGCACCCUUGGUGAAGAUUUGGCCUAUCGCAGCAAUAAAAAAAAAUCUAAAAAUCUACAAAAAUCUCAAAAGAAAUGUUCCACAAGUAACUCUUCAUUUUUUUAACACAUCAGAUGCUUCCUGAAAAAUCCAUUGAGCUCUUAAAUUCAGUGCAAUUGAAGCCCAGAUAGCACCAUAAAUACACCAGUGUUGAUAGGUGACAUAUACAGUAGACCAAAAUGAGUUUACUCACUCUAUUGGCUUUUCAAAAAAUGCAAAAAAAGGCAAUAAUUCUGCUAACCAUCCUUUUUUUAGAAUUAUCUUCUGUUAUUUUUCCCCUUAAACUUUUUAUAUUUCUGAUUUCGUGCUCUGGCUGCUUUUUGCCAAGUUUUGCGGUUAAUUCUGGACUGGACUGUAUCUAACCUGGAUGCCUGAAACUCCGCUGUACAGCUCCACCCGACAGAUACCAGCUCCCUCUCUUUACAGAGUACAGAUAUUCCUGGAUCAAGAUGUGUGACCAUUAUUUCCCCCCGAGCCUCAUUUCCCACCCACCCACCACUCCAGUGUUUGACACACUAAACGUGAAACUUGGUGGACACUGAAUUCUGUCAUGCGUAAUGUAAAUGUUUUUGGUUUGAUGUUGUCGUCUUCUGAAAGAUUUUUCUUUUUGAUGUCAGGAUUUUUUGCAAUAAUGUGUAUAAAAAAAAAAAAGAGAAAAUGAAUGAUUUUACUUUUGGAAUGUAGCUUUUGACUGGUUGUACCAUGCAUGUUUACAUAUUGGCAUUGACUCCCAACAGGAGGAUAAAAUGUGGUAGUGCUGCUAUACCACACUAGGUGGUAGUAACAGGUAAUGUUAUAAAUCCUUCCCACGCUGCAGGAGAGCAUGGACACCAACAUAGAGAAACCAGGCCCUCACAACUGUAAAUGAGUUUGAAACCUUUUUUAUAAAAACAGAGAAUAAUUAUGUUGAACUAUAUGUAUUUAUAAAGAUGUAUAAAUUCUAAUAUAUUUCAUUUUAAAGAUGCUUAGAGAAAGAAACAGAUGAGACCUAUGCCUAUUUAAGAGUGUUUUAAUAUAUUUAUUUAGGUGUGUGAUGUGCAUAUCAUCAAUGGAGAUGACUAAGAGAAUGUCUACGUGUGAGAGGGAAGGUUUGUGUGCAUUUGUGAGUUUCUCCUGGAUAAGAGGACUGACUGUUGCAUUUGAUAUGCAGCAUUUCAUUUGUGUUUGGUAAUGUUUCCUCACUGCCACAAGCAUGACCUCACGUGAUACUGUACCUUAUAUGUCUGCUACAUUUGUGAAAAAGGCUUUAGUUUCUUUCAAACCUGUUGAUCAGUCAAUCAACAGACAAUAUUGUCUUUAAUCCUACUUCUCAGUUAUUUGUUGAAGGACAUGAAGGUGGAUAUGAUCCAUGACAGUUUAAAAUGACAUAAGAGCCGCAAGUACUGAUUUACCUACAGUAUAGUAACACUGAAUGAGUGAUGCUGUUGAUACUUGGUGCUGUCGUAUUCCCUUUCACAGCAGUUAAUUGUGGUUUCUUGAUAUGUUUCCUCAUUGUUGAACAGGAUCCAACUCUUAUUGAACCAUAAAUGUGACAACUGUAUAAUUAACCACAAAUAUACUGACUGUACAACCUGCGGUGGGCGAUUUCAUAAUGUCGCCACUGAACGUGCAUUGUCUAAAACAAAUGGAUCACUUUUGUCUUUUUGACUCAACUGUGAGUCAAUAACCAUCAUUUCAUGUGUAGUGCAGUGAUACCAUUUUAAACUUCUGAGAAGUUGCCUUUUUUUUUCCUUUUUUUGAAGGAUUUUGUUGAUCCGGUUCUGUUUAUGUAAAUCUAUCAUACUUUCCAUUAUGUGUUCGAGCGGACCCAGUAGAAUAGGAGCUGUGAUUGUCUAAUGGAGACUUUUGUGGGACUGUAAAUAGAAAGAUUGCUCAAGUUAUCUUGAAUCCAUUUGUGCAAUUUCAAUGUGACUAUAGCUUCUGUUUAGUUUGUGUUUAACGUGGUGAUAAUUGUUUAUUUAUGAUAUGUUUGUUAUUUAUGAGGAACUUUAAAAUAUUGAAUUUUGCACUAUUGCGAAAUGGAGCAAUACACUGUAAAAAAUUAAAUAAAGAUGU